GAGCAACGGCGCAUCUGCCUGCAGGCUGGAUUCCUGCACUGAGGAUGUGUAUGGAGUGGCUCAGCACAGUGAAAUGCAUAGGGAUCUGCCUCCCCCGAGUAGAGAAAGUCCACGCUUAAGCUUGCACCCGGACGAUUGCACAUCUCGGACUGAGUGCUGGUAGUCAAGUCGAGAGGGAGAGAGCGACGCGUCGAUGGCCCCCUGAACACGGGUUUUUACUAAUCCACAAGGACCCACAACAGACAGCCUCUAAGAUCGCGAAUGACGAGAGGAUGGCCACGGACAAGGCGAACCGCCUAACUGACAAGUACCCCAACGCCUACAGCGACUUCUAUGGCAGCCGCACUCCCUGUGUCUUCAAGUCUGGCCCUCACUGGCACGUCCGCAAAGGCCCUCACCCGGGCAUCGUACGUGAGCCUCGUCCAGUCUACCGUCACCCCAUUGCCCGCACUUGGCUCUCUAUCGGCAAGUGCAUCUACGACGGCCUCGACUCCAUUGGCGUACAGUGGACAUCCAUUAACCCCCUCGCCUACGCCGACGCGGGGGAGGCCAAGGUCUUCUGCUCUCUCAUCCUCUCCAUCGGUGUGAGGCCCCAUUCCCUCCUCUACGACGCUGCCGUUGCUGCUGCUGCCGUCGUCAAGGAGAUCCUCGCCGACGCUGGUUUCCCCACCAUCGAGGUGGCCUUUGUCGAGUCGGCAGUCACUCGUUCUGUCGCCGCCGGCCCAAAGCUCCUCUCGUUCGACCCCCUCUUCAACCACGUCCCCGACCUACGAAAACCCUUCACCCCCACUCUCGGUCUCUCCAUCGCACCCCUCAAGUACCCCCACUUCGAGGGCACAGCCGCUCUCUACUUCCGCCUCGGCAAAGACGACAAGCGCACCGCCAUCCUGACCUGCACCCACGUCGCCCGUCCCCCUCCUGUCUACCCCAACACGGGCAUAACGCGCGGGAACGCGAGCCAGGCUCGUGAGGAGUUCGUCGCGCUCGGUAACACGGGCUACAACAACGCCGUCAAGGCCAUGAUGAGCACCAUCGACGACCUCCUCUGUUCCAUCGAGGUCUGGAACGACAUGCUAAGCAGGCUGGGGGAGCCCGUCGAGGGAGAGGACAGUAGGGUCACCGAGAGGCGUGAGGAGUGCAUGGAGUCGGUGGCGAAAGCGAUUAAGAAGAUCGGGAAGGUGAACGCGAUCCACGACGAGGUCAUCAAGCACCGUGCCGCCCCUGAUCAGCGCGUCAUUGGCUUUGUGCUUCACUCUGAGAAGAUUGAGGUUGAGGUCGAGCCCCACGGUUUCACCAAAGACUGGGCCCUGAUCGAGCUGUACGACGAGAAGAUUGAUUGGCCUACGUUUAAGGGAAACAAGGUCUACGUCGGCGGUAACUUCUCGAUCCCUAACUUUGGCAACACCAUGUUCCCUCAUCCCGUCGAUCGAGCGACCUACCGCUACCCCGAGGACGGUCUUCUCCAGGCGCAUGGCGUCGUCCAAGACGACGAGAUGCGCGACCCCCAGCACCUCGACGUCCACGGCGAGAAGUGCCUGCUCGUCGUGAAGAGCGGGUCAGCCACGGGGACCACCGUCGGCCGCGUCAACGGUAUCGAGUCCUUCACCCGCGUCUACGACGACUACGGCAUCGGGCACACCUCCGUUGAGUUCGCCGUCUUGCCCUACGACAGGAUGCGCGGUAGCUUUUCCGAUGCUGGCGACUCUGGGUCUGUUGUUCUCGCUAGGGAUGGUCGUAUCGUCGGAAUCCUCACUGGCGGCGCGGGCCCUGUCGACGAGACCAACAUUGCGUACCUCACACCGUACUGGUGGGUCGAGCAGCAGAUCAAGGCCAGGUAUCCCGGCUGCUUCCUCUAUGAGGUCGUCCAGUAGGUAUGUCGCAUGACUCGUCGACUUUAUCGUGUAGGUCCUGGGCAAUCCUAGAUGUUCGACCUUGGUCAGCCUUUGGACGGUAAGUAUCGCAUAUUUCUGCAUCUCGGACGUUCGCCGUGUAGCUUAUAUGUGUGUCGUCUUAAUGUACUGUUACUAUCGUCUCUCCCAAUCCGUCGUUUACGUCUUGUGUGUAUUUUUACUUUGAAACGAACAGUGUUCAGUUGAACCGUGACAGGGGGACGCCUUUGUGACCAUUGUUGACAAGUUCGGAAGCUGAGUCGAGGGUUCUCGACUCCACGGAAAGGGGAAAGGGCAUCGUUGUAGAGCGCAUUGCCCAGCAGCCGGGCUUUGGUGGAGGAGGCGGCAUAGAAUGGAGCCGGAUCGCUGUCAAUAUGUACACGUCCCACAACUCCUCGUCCCGGACUCGGUGUGUAUUCCUUCUUAGCAUAGGUCACACACGGACCAACAGCACAGGCGCUGCCGUAAAUGAUGGUGAUCAUCAUGCUCGGUGGCCGCCGGGGUGUGAUACCAUCAUAGCCUUGACACAGAUGCAUGACAAAGAACAAUCGCCGCCUUCAUCUGCUU